GGCGGCGCCCGCCCGCACCAUGCCCAGAGCCUUCCUGGUGAAGAGGCGAAGCCCGCAGCCGGCCAGCCGCAGCUGGGAUGGGCUGCCGGACGAGGAGCGAGCGGACACCUACAUCCCAGGAGGGAUAAGCUGCGUGCUGCUGAACUGCCGCAUUGAAGACAGCUGCAGCUUGGAGAGCAAUGGCAGUAGCACCGCCAGCACAAGGGAGGCCGAGCAGAGUGAUCCCCCUACUCCACAGCCAGCAGCCGAGAUUGGGAACACAGAGGGGACCCUUCUGGACUUGGCCAUGAAGCGCCCAGUGGUCAGAUCGAAAAUCAAGUUCACGACGGGUACCUGCGAUGAUGCGGCGCUGCACAAUUGUGAGCUAUGCGGCAAAGGCUUUCGUUUGCAGAGGAUGCUCAACCGUCACGUGAAGUGUCACAGCCAAGUAAAGAGACACCUGUGCACCUUCUGUGGCAAAGGAUUCAAUGACACCUUUGACCUGAAGAGACAUGUAAGGACCCAUACAGGAAUUCGUCCUUACAAAUGUGAGAUCUGCAACAAGGCAUUUACCCAGCGAUGUUCUCUGGAAUCCCACCUUAAAAAGAUCCAUGGGGUGCAGCAGCAAUAUGCUUACAAACAGCGACGCGAUAAACUUUACGUCUGCGAAGAUUGUGGCUACACGGGCCCAACGCAAGAGGACUUGUAUCUGCAUGUGAAUAACGCUCACCCUGGGAGUGCUUUCCUCAAGAAAACCUCUAAAAAGCUGGCAGCAGUCUUACAGAAUAAACUGACCUCUGUCCUGCAGCGGAACCCUGAAGAUGAUGAGGAAGAUGAGUAACGCAGUGGAUUACAGCGGUCACAUGCAAUAAAGUUUACGUGUCGGGUAUUUUUUCAAACAGCUUUGAAAGGGAUCCGUGUAAUAGCAGGCAUCUUGUCCUUUUGGUAAUGACAGGCUGUGGAUGUUACAGUCUCAAUGUGAGAGAAAUGUUCUCAGCUUAAUGCAAAUACAAGGCUUUUUUAAUCGUGAGAAUAAAAGGGAAAAUUUUGGAGCCAGCAUCGCCUGUGGAUAGAGCCCUGCACUGGUACUUGGGAGACUCCACGUCAGUUCCCAGCUCUGCCACUGGCCUGCUGUGUUACCUUGGGCAAGUCACUUAACAUUUCCAUGAUUCAGUUUUCUCAACUGCGUAAUGGAGAUAAUGACACUAAUCAACUUCGUAAGGUGCUUUGAAAUCUGUGGGUGAAAAAUGCUAGAUAAGAGCUAGGUAUCCUUAAUAUUAUUCCCAGAUGAGAAUCUACAGUAAAAUGAAGUUAAGGAUGAGAGUAUGUAUCAUAAGGUAAGAAAUGAACAAUCAAUACACUCAAACAACCUUAACUCUGCCCUGUAGUGAAACCAUGCAGAAACCAUGUGAUUAUGAUUAAGGUUGUUAGGAUUUGUAAUCCCAGGUUAGAAAAAAAUGAAUUUUAAAGAUGGUAGAUUUUUUCAUAUUAUUUCUGUCCAUCUCCCCGGG